AUGUCGACGACCACCGCGGCGUCGAUCCCGGACGCGUACGACGUCCUCGCGUCGCUCUAUGGACUCAUUGCGUUGACUUGCGUCGUGCAGGUGUACAGAAUCGCACGACGCACGCCGAAACACGUCGGUUUCUUCACCACGCAACAGAUGUUUCACCUGGCGAAUCUUUUCACCUCUACCGCGCGCGCGUGCGCGUUCUUCGGUCGAAGCGCGAUCGAAAAGACGCACACCAUCAACGCAAUCGUGAACGAUGGCCCGGGUUUGGUUUUUUUGUCCACGUACGCUGGAUUGGUGUUGUUCUGGAGCGACAUCUAUCACGCGGCGCGCGGCGAAGCGGCGAGGACGAGACGCGCGCGGACGACGUUUUACGCAGUCAACGUAGUCGCGUACGCGACCGAACUUGGGAUUUGGUCUUUGAUGGCGUUUGGGAAGGAAAAGUGGCGCGGUGAUGCGCUCGAGCGAGCGUCUUCGGGGACGCUGGCGUUUGCGAGCGCGAGCGUCGCGCUCGCAUUCGCGUUUUACGGCUCAAAGUUGUACGUCAUGCUUCGAGAGUUUCCAGAAGGCCUGACGACGCGGGCGAAGAAAAUACGCGAAAUCGGGAGCGUCACCGCGGUGUGCGUCACCGCGUUCGCGGUGCGCUGUGUGGUUUUGUUCCUCGCGACGGGGGGAGAGGCGAAAUACGCCGUCGAUGUGUACGCGUCAAAAACGAUGAACGUAGCGUAUUACGUCGCGGUGGAGAUCUUACCGAGCGCGUUGGUGCUAUACGUUCUUCGAAAGUUACCACCGAAGCGCGCUCGCGCGGCUUCUUUCGCGGAUGAGGACGGCGACGCGAGCGCGCGCGCCGAAGAAGCCGACACGCUUCGACACCCGCUCGUCGUCGAUAGCGACGACGACGAGAGCGAUGACGAGGACGCAGACGCGAUGGGGUCAUAG